CUAACAGUGGGUUAAAUCUGUUUUGGUACAAAAUCCUUGUUUUCAAUUAAAAUGUUUAUAUAUCCGAUUAUAACUUAAAAUACAAUUUAAAAAAGGUGUAUUUUUGUACGGGCAGUUUUCUAUGACUUGCCAUAAAUAUUAUGACCACAAGAGGGCGGCAACGAGCUUUACAUUAAUAAUUAUGGUCAAGAACUACACGCGAUACCACACACACGAACUAAAUUACUAACCUGCUGUUUGUGUUUGUAUCACAGCGGGUUUUGUAAGCGGCCUGAACAUGGUUUAAAUUACAGAAUUAUUACGCGUCCAAUAAUAUUAGAAAUUUAGCUCAUGUCUUGGAUAUACUACUGUAUACGCGUUGUUGUCACAUCUAUUUAAAAAAAUUCUAUCACUUAAGUAUUAAUUUGGUGGAUUUCUUUACUUGGAUUAAAACAUUUUUGGAGCUAAGCUCGAUUUGACAACAUGUUUGGUGGCUCAUUCCACGUCGUUCCGUACACCACCUGGCUGGGUUAUUACCUACCUAGCACAGUGCUAGGCUAAAAACAAAGCUCCGUACUUUAAUUAAUGGCAUUAAACAUGGAAGGUUUUCUGCCUCCAGUGACAGAGACAAACCCACAACCUGAAAAAUUGUCUGGGCUUCGACUAUAACUAUUUUUGGAUGGUUUAAAAUAUUUAAUAUAACUCUAUCGGCGAUUACCAAUAGAAUUCUGACAGACUUCCUUUCACAACAAAACAGCCGCCUUACGCGUUGCAUUCUGGUAAAUGGUGUAAUAAUCUGUAGAUCUGACUAAUUCAUUUGGUUACCUGUCAGCCUGAGUCGUGAUUUUUUACCUUUUCUUUGUAAUAUAAUAAUAUUAAUACAUAUUUACUUUUUAAAAACAAAAUAUUUACCUUUUAAUUAGGUAUGACAUUUGGGAAAAAUAAGAAUUGGACUACAAGUCCCACAAGCCACCGUCUGACGUCCUCACGUUUUGCAACAGACCGUUGCUAUAAGGAAAAAACAGCCGCUUCCGUGUUGUUCUGGUGCUAUUCUAGCAAACAGCAGCGUUAGCGGCGACAAACCUCUUCUGUCCGCCUCUGGGGUGAGAUUAACAUGCUUUUGUAAAGUUGGAAGGAGGUUUAAGCUUUUUACCAAACGCAAUGUCGCUUCUGCCAGCCUCAAAGAAAAAAGACAAGCGAAUCUUGUCCGGUACCUGCCCGGACCCGAAAUGUCAGGCGCGGCUGUUCUUCCCCGCUUUCGGUUCUGUUAGCAUUGAGUGCACGGAGUGCGGCCAGCGGCACGAGCAGAAGAGCCUGCUGAACGUGGAGGAGGUGACCGAUCCAGAUGUCGUGCUGCACAAUCUGCUCAGAAACGCCCUGCUCGGCGUCACCGGGGCCCCGAAGAAGGGGACCGAGCUGGUGAAGGUGAUGGGGCUCUCCAACUAUCACUGCAAGCUCCUGUCCCCGGUCCUCACCAGGUACGGGAUGGACAAGCAGACCGGCAAAGCCCAGCUGCUCAGAGAGAUGAACCAGGGGGAGAUGUUCGACUGCUCCCUGCUGGGGGACAGAGCCUUCCUGAUCGAGCCGGAGCAUGUGGCCACCAUGGGCUACGGGAAGGACCGGUCCGGGAGCCUCAUCUACCUGCACGACACUCUGGAGGAGGUGAAGAAGGCAAACGGCAGCAGGGAGUGUCUGAUCCCGGUGCACGUGGAUGGAGACGGCCACUGCCUGGUCCACGCUGUGUCCAGAGCGCUGGUAGGCAGAGAACUGUUCUGGCAUGCUCUGAGAGAGAACCUCAAGCAGAACUUCAAACAGAACCUGGGUCGCUACAAAGCCUUAUUUCAGGAUUUUAUUGAUGCUGCAGAGUGGGAGGACAUCAUCAAUGAGUGCGACCCGCUUUUCAUCCCCCCUGAAGGAGUGCCUCUGGGCCUGCGCAACAUCCACAUAUUUGGUUUAGCUAACGUCCUCCAUCGGCCCAUAAUCCUUUUGGACUCUCUGGUUGGGAUGAGGAGCUCCGGAGACUAUUCCGCCACCUUCCUGCCCGGGUUGGUACCGGAGGAGCAGUGCAGGGGGAAGGACGGGAAGCCCAACAAACCCAUAUGCAUUGCCUGGAGCAGCUCCAGCCGGAACCACUACAUCCCUCUGGUGGGAAUCAAGAACACGGUGCUACCCAAACUGCCUGCUCACCUGCUGCCGAAGGCCUGGGGCGUCCCUCAGGAACUCAUCAAAAAGUACAUCCGUCUGGAGCCCGACGGGAGCUGUGUGAUCGGCGGCGACCGCAGCCUGCAGGACAAAUACCUGAUGAGGCUGGUCAACGCCAUGGAGGAGGUGUUCAUGGAGAAGCACAACAUCCACCCGUCCCUGGUGGCUGACGUGCACCAGUAUGUCUACAGAAGGACCGGGGUGAUCGGCGUCCAGCCUGAGGAAGUGACGGAAGCAGCCAAAAAGUCAGUGUUGGAGUAUCGGUUGCACCGCUGUCUGAUCUGCGGCGCCCUCUCUGAGCUCCACGUCCCGUCGGAGUGGCUCGUUCCCGGCGGGAAGCUCUACAACCUCGCCAAGUCCACGCACGGUCAGCUGCGGCCCGACAAGAACUACAGCUUUCCUCUGAACAACAUAGUCUGCUCCUACGACCCCCAGAGGGACGCCCUGAUCCCAGACUACAAGCUGAGUGGCCUCAACACCUGCAACUGGUGUCACGGCACCUCGGUGCGCCACAUCCGUGGAAACGGAUCUGUGGUUUACCUAGACGGGGACAGGACGAACACCCGCUCCCAGGGUGGGAAAUGUGGGUGUGGCUUCAAACAUUACUGGGAGGGGAAGGAGUACGAAAAUCUGCCAGAAGCGUUCCCCAUCACGCUGGAGUGGGGGGGUCGGGUGGUGCGGGAGACGGUCUAUUGGUUCCAGUACGAGACCGAGCCGGCGUUGAACAGCAACGUGUACGACGUGGCCAUGAAGCUGGUCACCAAACACUUCCCCGGGGAGUUCGGCAGCGAGAUCCUGGUGCAGAAGGUGGUCAACACCAUCCUGCAUCACACCGCCAAGAAAAACCCAGGCGAGUACAACCCGGUGUCUAUCGAUGGGGCUCACGUCCGACGCCUUACCGACACCCCAGAGAGCCAGCAGGCGCCGGAUCCUCAGCCGCCCACAAAAAUCAUCCUGACGGGUCAGAAAACAAAGACCCUCCACAAGGAGGAGCUGACCAUGAGCCGGACGGAGCGCAGCAUUCAGCAGAGCAUCAGUGAGCAAGCCUUUGUCUCCCAGAAGCGGCUAACCGACAAACUGAAGGGUCAGGGCCGGGCGGCGUCACCCAGCGGUUCACCGGAACCCUCCUCCUCCUCAGCUCCAUCCACCCCCACCAAGUCCUCUUCCCCGUCCUCGUCCAGCAAGGAGAAGAAGAUCCGUGUGACCACCAGUGAUGGCAGGCAGGCCAUGCUGACCCUGCAGGCCCACACCACCUUCUCCCAGCUGCAGGAGAGCAUCUGCAACCAGUUUGGGGUCCCCCCCUCACAGCAGUGCAUCCGCUUCGGCUUCCCGCCCAAAGAGCUGCAACCCCCAAAGGACGGGGAGGAGAACGAACCGGUGGCGCUGCAGCACGGGGACAGGGUGACGGUUGAGAUCCUGAAGGGCUCGGAGGAUAAGGGCCCAUCCACCUCGGUGACCAGAGCAUCCAGCUCUCAGUCCAGCCUGCACUCGGCGAAGAGCGAGGAGUCGGUGGCGCCCAGGAUGAGCGGCCGCGAGCUUCAGGACAGCAUCGACCUGGAGAUGUCGUCCCUCUGCCUGCUGGCAGCUCUGAUGGGGGAAGAUGUUUGGUCGUACGCAAAGAAGCUGCCGCACCUCUUCCAGCAGGGCGGCGUGUUCUACAAUAUCGUCAAAAAGGACAUGGGUCUGAUGGACGGGAAACACUGCACGCUGCCGCACCUGACGGGGAAGACCUUCGUGUUCAACGCUGCUGAGGACCGCCUGGAGCUCUGUGUGGACGCUGCGGGACACUUCCCCGUGGGCCCAGAAGUGGAGGAGCUGGUGAAGGAGGCCUUGGUGCAGUUGCGCUCUGAGGCGGCCACCAGGGGCAGCAGAGAGGGGAGCCCGUCCCACGGCUUGCUGCGUCUGGGUAGCGGCGGCGUGGUCCGGAAAAAGGAACAUCUGCAAAACGUCACUGCUUUUCAGGGGAAAGGUCACUCACUGGGGAGCUCUGAAAGCUCCUCCCCUCCAGAACACAGACCUAUCACACGGCAGCACAGCAGCGGGGUGGAUCUGAGCGCCAGUGUGUCCAAAGGACCCCCCGACCUGUCGGAUAUCCCAGAGGACACCACCAGGGAGCUGGUCCGCAUGGCGCCGGGCUUCGUCACCAUGAAGGACAGUCGCGCCGUGGACCCCAGCCUGAUGGAGCAGCAGAGGAAGAAGCUGCAGGAGAUGGUCUCCUCCAUCCAGGCCUCCAUGGAGCGCCACCUCAGAGAGCAGCAGAGCUCUGCGGCCGCUGCAGGGGGCGGGGCCACCCAGGAGCGGACAGGGAGGACUGAGACGGGCAGUAGCCAGGAGAAACCCCCCGCCCAUCAUUCAGCAGGAAAGGCCACGCCUGGAAAACCAGAGCGGAAAACGGAGGACCCAGAGGAGAUGGAGAGUCAGGAUGCUGACCAGAGCAAUCCUUUGGAGCCCAUGGACCACUCCUGAUCGUUCCUCUAGAGCCGCCCCCGCCCCGCCCUGCCUGAGCGUCGCCUCAGGUGCAACCAUAAAGCUUUGCUCUUCGUCAUGUCGCGUCGUCUUUACUGCAUGACUACAGAGCGUCUGCCCUGCAGGGGUAAAGAGCCGAUAAGCCACGCCCUCUGCGCUCUCAUGCCGACAUCACAGCCCUCCGCUGUGAGCCCGCACAUCUACACACGGCUGCAUCCCCCCCCACCAUCAUAGCUGCAGCCAAUCAUAAUACCCAAAACCAUCCGUUCUUUUGCCUUCCUAAUAUGUUUGUCUUUUUUUGGCUGAACCCGAAAGUGGAGGGGAAAUGUUGGCAGAAUCUUACCAGCAGCCUGGUAGGUCCGCCUGCAGAUGUGAGCGUGCACUAAAGUGUGAGCGUGGCUCCAAAUGUUAGCUCUUUAGUUUUUCAUGAUGAUGAAGGUUUUGUGUGGCGUCCGUUCCUUUUGGCCAAACUGCACCGCCUACAGGCAGCAGGUGGAAAUGCAGCUGUGAAUUCUAACGCCUUGAAGUUAAAGAAAGGUUCCUACCGAAAAACCCGGUCCUUAUGAGUAACAGAUGAAAAGAAAGUCAGAAAAAUACCGUGUCCAAAUGAUGAAACGCUUCAUCAACAGCUGGUGCAAUUCAUUUGAUUGAAAAUUAAUGCGAAAUGUCAUUUUUGGGGAGGAUUUAAACCUAGACAUAAUUGUUCUUCACAGAAGUCAGAUGAAUCACCUGAACUCAUUUAUUUAGGCAUGAAGUUUAUGAUCCAGAAACCAAGAAAACUCCUGUUUUUUAUCAGCCUGACAAUAAACAACGUCACUUUGAAACAGAUUUGGUCGUCAGAUGAGGAAAAAUGAAUCUGCUUCAUUGGAUGCAAAUGGAUCUUACAGCAUUCCCAGACGUUUGAACUAAAACCACGUCUGGACUUCUGCUUUUUGUCUUCCCAUGAUCCUUUUCUCUUUAGCUCUGAGCUCAGCUGGAUGUUGGUGUCAUGGUUCCUUUUGGGGGUUUCUUCCCGCGUUUCCUUUAACGGGUCGCUCGUCUGCACCUUCAGUUAAAAUAAUCCAUCAAGAAGUCGCCAAAGAUCUGCCGAAGAGCGACCUACAGCUUUGUUAGUUCUCAGCUAACAAAUGAGACAUUUUCCACAAACAUACUUUUGUUUUGGAGAACUCCGUUGAAGCUCAAAGUGUAACCUUAGUUUGGUUUAUCUGAUGGUCAAAGUGCCUGAAACUUUCGGUUUUGCCCAAAAUGAAGGAAACCCUUCUAAUUUUUAGAGAUACAUUUUAGUGUUUUUGGUAGAAGAAAAAAAAGACUGAGAUGAUAAUAUUUGCCUGAAACUUUAGGAUACGUUUGAUUUGUUAAGCUUUGCAGUGAAGGUUGACAUUGUUCAAUAACUACAUUUCCCAUGAGCCACCUGUCACAGCCACAUGAAAGCUGAAGUUGCCACCUGCUUUCAUUGGAUAAAAAGGGUCAAAGUUGGAGGCAGCAGACAGGUGUCCAGGUCAGAACAGGAGACAAUCGUAAACGAACAAACUAUGAGUAAGUUCAGAGCUUAAUCUGGUCUCAGAUUGUUUGUUUGGUCGUUAUCUGAGGAGCUUUCCAGAGGAAACAUUUGGAAAGUGUCGGAUGUCUGAUUUGAGGAGCAGUCAGGUGACCAGUGGCUCGAUCCACAGUUUAUGUUCCGGCUGAUUUUUAUUUUCAGCGUGGUUUUCUUUUGUUUGCAUUUACAGAAAAAAGAAACCUUAAAGAGGGGAAAUGCUCCUUUACUGCAUUGAACUUGUUAAAGUAGUAUGUUUGUGUCAGACACAACCACUCACUGUCCUCCGGGGGGCGCUGGCACCAAAUCACCACUUCAUUUUGUGACGGGCUCUUUUCGUCUGCAGAAGAUGUUGGUCUCAUCUGCUGGGUUUAUACUUUUAAAACUAUGAGUUGUGGGUUGAAAACCCCAGAGGUGACGAGAGCGGCGUGAAGUUUGAUCCUCGCAGGUUUUAGGAAGUUUAGAUGCUGGAUUUUUCCGGUUUAGCAGUUAUUUUUCUGUCUGUCUUGCAGAGGUUUGCAGAAGAAAACCCGGGUGUGGUGUAAACAUGAGCAUGUGCUAUAGGGGAGGGUUUGAUUCCCCUUUAGCUUAAAGGCUUUAGGCGCUCUGAAACGGCUGUCGAUGAAUUUCUGCUUCAAAGUAACAGAUAAAAUGCAGUUUCCUCUUUUUUCCUUUGAACAAAAGAAAGCGGUUUCCAUCCAGCCUUAAAACAUAAACUUGACUGAUGUCUUUAGUUUCUCUAAUGGAAAUCCUCCUGUUUCGGCUGAAAGUCUGGGACUCGGUCCAGUUUAUCUCUGAAGUUUGUUGGAGACCCACAGAUGGAAGAUUCUGCACUUUGUUAGGAGGAGAGGCGGGUCCGUGUAGCGGACACUGAAGGUUCUGGACUCUGCUUUAACACACUUGAAGUUUCUCUGUGACUGCUGUACUAAUAAUAUCAAAUGUAAUCCACUUGUAUAAUAGUAUAUAUUGUAGUAUAUUUGGACGUGUACAGAAACGGUUCAUUUCCUGAAGUUUGACAUCGCUGUUUGCAUGAGAGGACUUUUCUGCCACAAUAAAAUCACUUCCUUCACCUGU